AUGGCCGAAGACAACCCCAGAAAAUCCAUCGAAGAUGUCUUCAUCCCCAAAGAACUACUCACCACUGCCAAAUUCAACUCGCCAUGGGAAUUGGCUCGAUGGGAAGAGUCUCUCCCCGACAACAACCGCAUAUCGCUUCUAGAGCCUCGCACCUCUUCUAAUCGUCCUCUGAGUCUUUCUGCUCUACGAGCAGUGUCAAGACCAAAGUCCAUCAUCCGGCCUCGUGGACGCAGUGAUCCUCCUGCUUUCCAGGGCACAUUUGACUACGUCGCAAAGCCCGCCACAUUCCAGCCCGCCGCUCCAAUCCCGGAGAAAGAACCAAUAACGCCUGUUCAGAACGCAUUCCUCAAUCCCCAGCCACACAGCAAAGUCAGCUCUCAUGCAAUCAGCAGCGAGCAGAGCAGCCUGCAAGAAGUCUAUGAAAAGGCCAAAUUGAGAGGCGUUGCCAUUCAACGAAAGUAUUGGGUGCGGCUAUUGUUUGAAUACAGCAUCUAUGCAUUCCUUGUUCUGUUCGUCUACUUCGUCCUUGUCGGGAUGCCACUCUGGAAAGGUGCUGUCUGGUGGUUAUAUUACGUUGUCCGGACCAAGUUCGUUAUCCCAGGAGGAUACGCGAUCAUCAUUGGUCUGGCUGCACUAUAUGCCUUCUGUCCUCUGAUGAUCCUUUUCGAGGACGACCCUCCUACCCUGGACUCUGAAUCUGAAUCUCCAGACCUGGAAAGCAACACCUCCAAGGUACAAUCAACCGCUCUUCUCAUCCCCUGUUAUAAAUCAGCAACAAUCAUCGGCGCCACCCUCGAAGCCGCCUUGAAAAUCUUCCCCAAAGAAAACAUCUUCGUUAUAGCAAAUGGCAACUCCAAAACCCCCCCGACAACACAGAAGAAGUCUGCAAGCCCUACGUUCGUCGGCAGCCACGCAGCCAGAGAUUUCGAAAACGCCCUCCUGAUCGACGACGACUGCCUCCUGCCCCCAAACUUCCCCAUCGUCAGCGACAGACUCAAAAAUACCGUCAAAUGUCUCGGAUACACCAUCAAAAGCGUCGGCCCCGAUUCCUCAAAGGGUACCUUCUGCCAACAAGCCCAGGACCUCGAGUACAAAAUGUCCGGGAUCCAACGUGCUUUCUUCGGGAAAUUCGGAAGCGCUACAUUCCCACAUGGGGCUAUCUCGCUCUGGAAUAUCGAGUUUCUAAAACAGACCUUCCAUGAACAUCCCGGCUUUUCCGUGUCGGAGGAUUGGUUCUUUGGCGAUGCAUGUCGGCGUCUGGGUGGACGCAUUACUAUGUGUUCGCAGGUCUUUGUCGAAACAGAGACGCCGGCUUCGGUAUUUUACAGUGGUUCCGGUGGCAGCCGUGGUGGCUUCGGCGAGAUGACUGUCGUCCAGCAGCGGUUUAAGCGGUGGAACUUCUUCUUCGUAGUUGGUGUAUACUACGAUUUGAAGUACAUCUUGACUAGCUGGAAAUUGGGGUGGUGGGAGUUUGGUGCCAAGUUGUGUGUUUUCCAAGAGGUCUACGAAACUCUCAUCUACCUCUUCGCUCCCUUUGUCCUCCCAAUCUCCUUUAUAGUCCGUCCCUCGUUCUGCGGAAUGUUACUCGGCGUCACCAUCGCGAUGUACAUCCUCAACGUGAUAAUCUUCAACGAGGUUCACCUCCGACUAAAGAAAGAGCGCAUCGACUGGAAAGUCCUGUUGCUCUAUUACACGUUCUACAAGAUCGCCCUGACGUUCAUCAACGUGGUCAGUUGUUACUGGUCGCUGUACAAGUAUGCGCGGUACUUUGCGCAACGGCAUCCGAAAGUCAUUGAGGACCGGGAUGCGGUGGAGGUGUUACUUAGUCUUGAGAAGGAUUCAAAUUCGAAGCUCACGUCGGUUGAAGAUGAUAUCAUUCCACUUGACGGUGUGCUUGGGAGAGGCGUUGGGAGAAAGCUGACGCUUACGAAAGUCAAGGCUGGGAAGAGGGGGGAUGAUGAGAAGGGUGGGUGGGUUUGA